AUGAGUAAACCUAAUCCUAAUCGCUUUACAUUAGUCACAAGUUCAAUAAAAUUAAAAAGUAACAAUAAAUUACUUCAAAAAUCUCUAGAGCUUGAUAUACAUAGAAAUAACCCAAAAGAAGGACAAUUUGGUUUAGAUGGACAAGAUCCAGAUAAGAAAGGUGCUAAAAAAAUACUUGAAAGCAUUGACGUAGCAAAUAGGUUAACCAUUGAUGAAGCAAAAGAAACAAAAAGAAAGGCUCAACUUAUUCUCGUGUUUUUAUUGACAGAAGGAGCAAACACAAUAAAAUCAAAUGAACUGAUCAAUACUUUAGAAAUCCUACAUACAAGAGAGGUAGUCUUAGAAAAACAAAAAAAGUUUAUUGAAUACUUAACAAGGUCUUCUGAAAAUAAAAGUCCAAUUGCUCCAAUAGUUUUAGGAUAUGCUUAUUGA